ACUUGGGGCUAGGCACACGUUGCCGUGCGACCUUCCGCUUCCAGCCUUCGAUAUUGAUACUGUAUGCACCAUCCUGGCGAACGGUAACUGGAUCGUAUGAGACCCCCAGGAAGGCGCAAUCAGCUUGGACCCUGUCGCCACGGCGAAGCCUUGUGUUUAUAAGACAAGCACUGCGCGCAUAUGAGAAUGUUUCACCAGCCCAAUCUUCAUCCCAAUACCUGGUUGCCCGAGCCACAAUGAAGUUCUCCCUCGCAGUUUCUGCCUUUGCGGCAGCUUCAUUCGCCAAAGAGAUUCCCAAAGACCCGGAACGGGCUGCAGAGCUCUAUGAUUCCGGCAUCAUGCAUGAGAGGAUCAUGGCGGACAAGUACCAGCAAUGGGAUCAGCAGGCCCAAAUGGGAGUCUUGAAUGCUGUCGGUGGAGCCCAAUUUUCAGAGCUCCCUUUUGCGCAGUGCAAGAACGGACUUGCAGCUCCUUUGGACCCCUUCCAAAGUAACAACGCCAGCACAAAGUUUCGUUGCAACAAUAUCAACCUCCAUCACUUCCUUCCUCACACCGACCUCGGCUCCACCGUUGGUCAGGGCUCAAGCUCAUGGGGAUGGGUCAGUGACGAUGGCCGCGAGUUUGCCAUUAUUGCCCAGGGUGAUGGAGCUGCUUUCGCAGAGAUCACCUCCGCUGGUAAACUCCGAUACCUUGGUCGUCUUCCCCAGACAACCGGUGUUGCACCCAGCCAAUGGCGUGAGAUCCGCACAUACAAGCAUUACAUUGUUGUCGGAAGCGAGGAGCCUGGCCACGGCAUUCAGAUCUUCGACCUACACAAGCUGCUCGAUAUCGACUACAAGAAAGGCCCUGUCACGUUCAGUCCCCAAACUGAUCUGACUGGGUACUGGAACGAACUUCCCUUGGGACGUGUGCACAACGUCGUUCAAGGGCCCAAGGAAAACAACUUCUUCUAUGUGAACGGUGCUCAGCCCCGCAACAGCAGCUGCCUUUCGGGCCUCAUCUUCCUUGACCUGGAAGACCCCUCCAAACCCAAGAGCCCUGGAUGCGCAAGGGACGAUGGGUACGUGCACGAUGCGCAGUGCUUGAUCUACAAGGGUCCACACAAGAAAUAUCUCGGUCGUGAGAUUUGCUACGGAUAUAACGAGGAUUCCAUCACCAUCUACGACGUGACCGACAAGAAGUUCCCCGAAACCAUCUCCAUCACCUCGUACGAAGGAGCAACCUACACGCACCAAGGCUGGGUCCUCGACACCGAAAACCAAGAAUGGCUCAUCUCCGACGACGAGUACGACGAAGUCGAAGCCCGCGGCCCUGCAUCUAGCGGACGUCCAGUCACCUACAUCUGGGACAUUCGCGAUCUCGAGCACCCCAAGCAAACGGGCUACUACCAAGCGCCCCGCGUCACCAUCGACCACAACCAAUACAUCUUCGGCAAGUACUCGUACCAAAGCAUGUACACGUCUGGUCUCAGCAUCCUCGACAUCUCGUCGAUCCCGUCGGACCCUACUGGCCGUGGCGUGCGCGAGGUGGGUUGGUUCGAUACGUAUCCUGAAGACGAUAAGCUCGAGGGUGGAGGGUCGUUGAAGUUUAGCGGGUCGUGGAGUAACUAUGGAGGGUUCCCUAGUGGGUUUAUCCUCAUCAACACUAUCGACCGUGGCGCGUUUGUGGUUAAGACGCAGAACCCUCUGCCUUAG